GGCUCAAUUUUAGGGAUUUCUUUUAGGGUUCUUGCUCUUCCUCUUCUCUAAUUGAGCCGAUGAUUCUUCUCAAAUGCUCCAUGAUCCUUGAUCCUUGAUCCAUGAAGGCAUUCAGGUGAUGAUGAUCUUCAUCAUUGGAACUUAAUUGGAGUAGGGUUCCUUAAUCACCACCUCUUCAUUCUCCUCCCUCUCGCCAUUUCUCAUCCUUUGUUCAUCAACUAUGGCGCGGCAGCUCGGAUGCCCCUAUCCCUUCUCAUCGCCUUCACCACCACCUUCUCCAUCAUCAUCACUAUCAUUCCUCUCUUUCCUUCUUUAUCUAUACAUAUAUAUAUAUAUAUAUAUAUACACACAUACAAACAAACAUAUGGGUGGGUUGGGCAACCGCUGCAGCCAUGGAUUGUUUGUUUGGGGAUGAAUGAAUGUGCAGAGAUUGGAGAUUUGGUGAAGGUUGGGAGUGAUUAGGGUUCCUUAAAUCUGAUGUUUUGAUACCGGAUCUGAGCCUGGUUCUUUAUUUUUUCUGCAUUUAUUUUGUUUUUCCAUUUGGUUUUUGAUGAUCCUUUGAUUUGUGUUUUAGUUUUCUCUCUUGAUCAAAUCCUUCUUUUUUUUUUGCUCAUCUUGCAAGUUAUAAAAAAAUAUAUACAGUCUUUGUUAUGUGGAAAGUAGAAUAUAUCAAAGAGGGAUUUUGUGGCAAACCAUUAUGAAAUUAGGAUCAUUAUGUUUAUGUAAUGGUGUUGUUAGGAUUCCAAUUUUUGUUCUUCAUGUUAUAUUUGAAGAAUAAUUUCAUCUCUUUAGAGUUUAGAGGAUGUGUUGAUCAUGUCAAUAAGUGCCUUUUACUAUUUCUAUGUUAUGUCUUGAACUGCUUCUCCAUUGAAUCCUGUUCACUGUACACUGUACACUUGAUAAUCAAAUUUUUCUUAGAAUUGUAUAUUGCAUUUUAGCAUUGGCAUUUACAGGGAUAUAAUUGCAUUUUAAAAUCUCAUCAUUAUGUAUAUAUAUAUAUAUACUAAUUGUUAUUUUUAAUGGAUCUUAAUGGAGAGAAUAGUGCCAAUUGGUUGAUUUGAGAGAUUCUUAUUCAUGUUUGAUUGACCAUGCUUGUUAUUAUACUUGUUAUGUUACUUUAUGAUGUCUAUAUUACUCAUAGCAAUCAGGAUUUCAACAUUUUCUAAUGCCCUUUUAGUUUUAGUUGAUUUUUAAGCUGUUUUAUUGUGUAAGCUUCUUUUUGCUCUUUGUUGAAUACAGAGUUCAUGAUUUAGAAUUUUGAGUUAACCAGUUCGAUUGAAAUAUGGUUGUUGUUUCUAGAAAGAUGAAUCUUGUUAGGUGUGCCUCGAAUUUAUUUACACUUUUAGCUUGCCUACACAUGUAAUUUGAGAUACAUACAUUUAAUAUCUAUUGGUUGCUACAUUGGUUGCAAGUUUAUAAAUAGAUGGCCUCUGUCUAUGUUAAGAGCACCACCAACACAUCAAAGCCAAAUGAGUGUCUUUCAAAGUGUUUGAAGUAUUUGGGUUUGUUUGGGGUUUUGGGUUGAGAGAGGCAUUUGAGUGUUGGGGGUGUUGAUGAUGAUUUUACAAACAGAAAUAACACUCAAAUGCCUCUUAACCCCAAUACACCCAAUUACUCUAAACAUUAUAAAACACAUUCUUUGGCUUUAGUGUGUAUUUUCUUUUGAAUACUUGCUACUUCAUGAUUAACUCAAAUGCUUUUUUAACCUAGGGCAUGCUUAAAAGUAUAUAUUCCUAGAACAAUUUCGAGCAAUUUAGUACUUUUUAUAUUUGCACAAUGCAUUUAUACAAAUUAAUUCAGCAUUGUUUUUCCAUACUUGAUGCUUAAAUUAACAAGUAUGGUUGAAACAGUGGCACAAUUUUAUUUUCUCUAGUUUGUUUUGUGCGAAUUCUAGUUAGUUUGGGAAACUUAAAUAAAUGAAUCCAGUGAACUAAUUAUUGCAAAGCUAUGUGUUUCCUUUGUUGUCAAUAUAAUAAAACACAAUGUGUGCAGUCUUUAUUUGUCAACAACAAUGGAUGAAUCAUUCAUACUUGAUAUGCAUAUACUGGCAACAAAAGACUUCGGUUCGCAAGACUUUUCAUGGCGGUUAAGGUACUGUUUUGGUAUAUCAAUAUUUAUUUGCAAACAUUAGAGCAAUGGAUGAAUCUUUCAAUAUUUUUUCAUUCCAAGAUAUUGUAAUUAGAGGGGGUACAUGCUAAUUAACUAGGGUUGGCAGGCCCAAUCUGCUGAGUUGGGUUCAUCAAAAUAGUUGGUAAACUGGACCUGGUUUGCCCUUUAGCUGGGUUUGAUGUGUCAGGCUAACCCUGGCUUAGAGUCACUCCAAUGGUUGAAUUGGAAGAUCUGUAGGGUCCGUUUCACCUAUAAGAGAAUGAAUCCGGCCCGACCUAGCUUAUCUUAGAACUUGUUGGGUUUGGUUUCUAGCCCGCCGGACUCGGUGAAUGGUAGAAUGAAUGUAGUGGGUAGGAAUUGAACCUUGUCACUCAAAAAUUAACAUAACAUUUUAACCAAUUGAGCGGUGUUAUUAAAAAAAAACUAUAAACUUCCUUUUUUAAAUUUUUUUAAAUAAAAAAUAAUUUUAAUAUAUCAUAAGAAUUUAAGACAAUUAAAAAUUAUUUAAAAAUAAAAGAUUUGUAUCUAAUUGGAUGAGUAAAUGAGUUAAGUGCAAUUCUUGUGAUUCUUCUAAAUUUCUUACAUGUAGUCUAAUAGUAACAAAUACUCCAAGAAGAGGCCAUCCUCAUGGCAUGCUCUGUAAAUACCAGCACUCUUCCUCAAUUCUCUUUAGUUUUCAUUAUGAGGCUCAAUUUCUGGGAUUAUUUUUAUUUUAUUUAUUUUUUUAAGGGUUCUUGCUCUUGUUGUUCUUCUUCUUCGUUGAUUGAGCUGGUGAUUCUUCUGAAUGCUCCAUGAUUCAUCAAUGAAAGCAGUCUGGCGAUGAUGAUCUUCAUUAUUGGAGUAUGGUUUCUUAAUCACCACCUCUUCCUUCUCCUCCUCUUGUCAUUUCUGAUCCUUUGCACAUCAACUAUGGCGCGGCAGCUCGGAUGCCCCUAUCCCUUCUCAUCUCCAUCUUCAUCACCAUCAUUGCUCUCUCUCUCUCUCUCUAUAUAUAUAUAUAUAUAUAUAUAUUUCUUCACAAACAUGUGGGUCUGUUGGGUAACCGCUGCAGCCAUGGAUUGUUUGUUUAGAGAUGAAUGAAUGGGCAAAGUGUGGAGAUUGGUGAAGUUGGGGGGUGAUUAGGGUUCCUUACAUUUGAUACUUUGAUGCCGGAAAUGAGCCUGGUUCUCUAUUUUUUGUUUUCUGCAUUUAUUUUUUUUUUUUAUGUGGUUUUUGAUGGUUCUUUGAUUUGCUUAUUAGUUUGCUCUCUUGAUCUAACAAUCUUAUUUUUUGAUUUUACUCAUCUUGCAAAUUUAAGAAAAAAGGGAUAGUUUUGGUUAUGUGGGAAAUAUAAUAUAUCAAAGAUGGAUUUCAUGGCAAAUUAUUUAUGAGAUUAGGAUCGUCAUCUUCUUGGAACAAUGUUAGGAUUUUAAUUAUGUUCUUCAUGUUAUAUUUGAAGAAUAAUUUUAUCUCUUUAGAAGGUAUAUCGGUUAUGUUAAUUGGUGCCUUCAACUAUGUGUUUAUUAUGUUCUUGUACUGCUGCUUCUUUGAAUCAUGUUUACUGUACAUUUAACACUCAUGGAUCAAAGUUUUACUUAAAACUGUACAUUGAAUUUUGAAAUCUCAUCACUUAAAAUGGAAAAUUGUGCCUAUUGGUUAAUUGAGAGAUCCUUAUUCAUGUUUGAUUGACCAUACUCACUGUUCUACUUAGUAUUGUACUUUAGUGUUGUCUAUAUUCCUCUUAGCAACCAGGGCUUUAACUUAUCUGUUAUCUUUUCAGAUUUUGUAAUGGCUUUCUUAGUUUCAAUUAAUUGUUAAGCUGUUGUUCUAUUUUUUAAGUCUUCUGUAAGCUCUUUGUUGAAUAUAAAUUUAAUCAUUUGAUUGAAAUAUGCUUAGUUUUUUUAGAAAGAUGGAUCUUAUAUAAUCUUUUAAUUACUGUGCAUGUCCUAUGUCAUCCAGAAGAGUAUUUAUUCGCAUAUAGUGAAUGUGUAUAUUACAAGCAGAAAAGGAUUUUGCAUCAAGAAUUUAUGAUACAUUCCAAAUUCCAUUAUGUAUAUUCCUUCCAUUACUAGUUGUGGAGGUAAGUUUUUCUAUUUAAAUAUUAAAGUAACACUUAAUGCAUUUGUUUGGGUGCAUGAUUGACUCAAAAUGUUUGCCUAACUCUGAUUAUUCAUUAAGGUAUAAAUUCUUGGAACAUGCAUGUACAGACAUCUAUUAGUCAAUUAACUUGACAUGAUUGAUUCUCAAGCAAGUUUAUAUAUAUAUAUAUAUGUAUAUAUAUAAAUUCACACAUGCAUGUAUACAAAUUAAUUUGGUAUUAUUUUUUAUACUCAGUAAUGCUUUUAGUUAUUUUACGAUGCUAGUUGACGUAAUGCUCUCAGUUCUAUUUUUUUUAAUUUUUUUUUAUUGUUGUCAAACUCUUAGACAAUACUAAAUGAAUAUAUACAUUUUCUUCAUAAGUCUAUUGUUAUUAUUCUCACAGUUUCUUGUUGAUUGAGAUCGAAUAUAUCUUCCUUUUAUUUGUUGUUAUGUUUUAUCAUAAUUUAAUUAUAGAAAGAGAUCGAAUAAAAAAUCUGAGAAAUUUGGAUAUAUGCUUGUAUUUUGCGUAUAAAUUUAUUUGUCUGAAUAUCAUUUUAGGCAUGUAUACUCUUAUAAAAUGUUUUUUUUAAAUAUAUUAAAAUAAUAAUAUUACCUAGGAUAGAGGUGGUUGGAGAUUUUAAGGUUCAGGAUCCUAAGGAGACUAAGCUAUUAUGUUUUUUUGUUCUUUUAACUUGACCAUAGUGACCUUUAGAGAUAUACAUGCAAAUAUAGUAUUUGUGUUGUAUAUACUACAUAUAAAUAAUUUUUCCAUUAAUUUUAUGUCUGUUAUUUUUAUUUGGUCAUAUUAAUUUGUUUUACUUAAUAUUUUUUGUCCAUUAACAAUUAUAAGAUAUGAUAUUUGGCUACGAAUAACUUUAUCUUUAUUAUUUUUUGGUCUUGAAUUUAUUUAUAUAGGAAAAACUUAGACAUAUAUUUGAAUGGUCAUGUAUGAGAAAGGUAGAUAGGUAAUGAAAGGUGCCACAGCCCAUCUGAGAAUGUAGCUAAUUAUAAAAGAGAAGAUAAUGUAGUUAAAUUAAACAUAUUGUCAUAAUAUGGCCUUCAUGCAAGUCCUGCAUUUGGCUUCCCCAACUUGGCUAACAUAUUAUCAUCUCUUUUCUCCAACUCCUCAUGAUGAUCAAUUCCGCUUGCAUUUAGAGUGUAGUGCUCAAGCACUAGAUGAUUGCUUGCAAGUAUGUCCAUACUGAUUGUUCCUCCAACAAGUACUCCGCUUUGUAGCCUAUGCAACAAACAAACAAAGCAUGUGUUUGCAAUUCAUCAAACGACCAUUUUCCUAUGAAACCAACCUUGUUGAAGAUAUCAACUGGUAUGUAUAUGACUCAUCAAACCUCUAAAUUCACUUAUUCUGUUUUUUUUCUCAUUAUUAUGAUAUGUAUGCCUUUUGGUGGCAUAGCCACAUGUGAAGAGGACGAAAGCUUGAAUUUGAAGUAGGCCACCAGACCAUCGAAGAAUGGGAUAUGGACAUGUCUGACUUGUUAUUUAUGAUUUGUAUCUUUGUUGUUUCAUGUACUCAAUAUGUUUUGAAUUAUUUAUUUAAUCUAUUUUAUGAUUAGGAAUUGUGCUCAUCACUUGUUAUAGUUCUAUAUGUCGAGAAUUGUAUGAUAUGUGUGCGUUUCCUGAAUUGCUUUUCACGGGAUGGAAAAUAUGUAGGUAAACACAUACUGAAGUAUAUGAUAAUUUGAGAGUUCAAAUUAGUCUGUUUCAACUUGAGAUGAUGUGAAAGAGUACGAAGGCGUGGUAUGCUUUGGUUUCUCUCGAACUUGAUGCUUUCUUUAAUUUAUAGUGUGAGUUGAGCUUGAAAUUGGAUGAUCUCCUUGUACUUGUUAUAGCUUAAUUAAUUUGCACCUUGAGUUUGGAGAUUGAUAGAGUAGCAUGCCAGUUCUUUAAUAAUUGAUUACCUUUUCUACUUCUUUUUUUUUUUUUUUUCUGAACAAAAGUGUGUUACAAUUUCUCUCUACAUACAAUACUACUUUUUUUAAGGAGUAGUAUUGGUUUUCACUGGAGGAAUGGCUGAUAAACAUUUCUUUUAAGGCAAAUAGUGGUUUUAUUUUGACUCAACCGCAAUUGGUUUCUGCGUGAGUCUAGCUGAAACUCUCCUUAUUUCUUGAGUUGAAUUGAUUUCUACUUUUGUUUAUUUUUCUGAAUCAAUUGAUGUAUGCUUUUCCUGCAUUGGUUUUUGUAGUAAGAUGGUAUGUAGACAUAUUUAGGAUGGUUUGAGAAUUCAUAGAUAUUUAGGGGAAAGACAGGCAUGAUAUUCAACUUGAGACAUGGACUGCUUCUUCCUUAUUUCCUUAAUUUUUGAGGUAAGUUGAGCUGAAACUAGAUCUCUUUGUACUUGUAUGCCACAGCUUAAUUUUUGAGAUUGAUAUGUAUCAGCUACUGAUAAAAGUAAAAUUUUUAUUCGGUAUUGAACAGAGUAUUAGAGGACAAGUAUAUGGAUCCCUCAGCUGCAGUAGCGCAAUCUGAUGAGUAUAACUACAAUUCCUUUAGAACAAAUGAACAAAUGUUCAAGAAGAUGAUUCUGAGAUGAAGCAUGAAAAUUUCCAAUUCUUAUUCCACAGAUGAGACGUGUUGUGCCUAUAUUUAUCAAUAAAAGAAACCAUGUUAAAAUAUAGACAGUAAAAGUAAUCAAUUUUGAAAAUAUUGACUUGGAUAACUAAAUUUAGCCUGCUGUGCAUUUAUUAAUUAAUGUUAGUUGAGAGUUGCUUGCUGCAUUUAUUUUCAGACAAAAUUGAAAAACCAUUUUAAUAACUUUGCUUCAUCAAACACCUCACAGAAGCACACAUCUGUGAUGCAUCUCUUACUUUAAAAUAUUAAAGAAAUAAAUUUCCAUCCAAUUACCUAGCUUUUGGCUGGCAUAUAUUGAUUGAAUUUUUUUUUUUUUUAACCAAAUACAAUAAGUACAUAAACAGUCAACGGUGUUGUGAAGCUUUUACAUAGAGAUUGAGCUGUAAACACAUUUCUUACAUUUCUAACUUUAAGUAAUGAGAGUCCCACGACUUAAGUUUUUUAAGUUUUUUUUACCAUGGAGUGAGCACAGUAGGACCAAAAACCCUCAUUGAAUUGAAUUUUAAUUUUAUCCCGUGAACAAUUGAGUUUGCAUCUAGGACCACCUACCUAUAUUUAUUUAUAUAUAUGUAUAUAUACAAGUCAUUGUUUUUUGCAGUCCUAUCCUCUUUAAAUAAUCUGACUAGCAUGCCCCACUGCAAUUUAAUAUGGUAAAUUAAUGUUUAAUGAGAUCCACGUUGAAUGAUUUGUUAACUAAUUUCAAAGUUAUACAAGAGCUGUCAUCAUGUUCAGUUGUUGACAUUUUUUUUUUUAAUUAUAAUUCCCGUUGGCAGAACUCUUAUUUUAAGCAUUGGAUGUCUUACACUUAAUUUUUUAUUGCAAGUGAUAAUAUUUUUAUUUAAUUGAUUUCAUUACAUGAUUAAAGGCUGGGUAACUCGUUCAUUGCCAUAGUUGCAACUGAUCAUUGGAGACCUGCUCUUUUGGCAAGAAGAAGAAGAAGAAGAUCAUGGCGAUGAUUGUGGAUGCAUUUGCAGGAAAGCUGGUGGAGAGGCUCACUAAUAUCAUUGAAGAGAAGGCCAUCAUGGUGUUAGGCGUCAAGGAUGAACUCCAAAAGCUUCAGCGAAGGAUGAAGAGGAUCGCAUGCGUGCUCAAAGAUGCUGAGAGGAGAAGUAUACAACAAGACGAGGCUAUCAAAUUAUGGGUCGAUGAGUUGAAAAGAUUUUAUGUAUGACGCCGAGGACAUCAUUGAUCUUUGCAUGAUUCAGGGUAUGGGCCUCUUGCAAGAUGAUCAUCAUCAUACUCAGCUGGCUGAGUCAAGUGCUGCUGCUUCCACACGGGUACGCUGCUGUAACUUUCCUCUGUUCUCUUGUGUGCGCAGUGUGCCAUUUCGCUAUGAGAUUGCUGAUAAAAUUAAAAGUCUGAAUGAUAGAUUAAGUGAGAUAUCUGACGAUAAAGAUAAGUUUCAUUUCAUAAUUUCUUCUAAAUCAAGUGAUGAUUCAUAUGUCAUGAAUGAAGCUUCCUAUUGGCAGAGUUCUUUCUUACCAGAAUCUGACAUUGUGGGUUGGGAUAUUAUAGAUGCUACUAACAGUCUUGUUGAAUUAUUAGUCUCUCAGCAUCAACAGAAAUGCCGCCUUUUUGCCAUUGUUGGCAUGGGGGGUAUCGGCAAGACUACUCUAGCUCAAUUGAUAUAUAAUGAUUCCAAGAUCAAUGAUGAUUUUGUGUUGCAUUCAUGGAUUUGUGUUUCAAAAUUUUACACAUCAAAGACUGACUUGCUGAAGGAACUCAUAAAAAAUGUUGGAGGUACUUGUGGAGAGGCAACAACAACAACAGAGUUACAAAAAAUACUUUGUGAUGUUUUACAUGGGAAGAGCUUGUUUCUGGUUUUGGAUGAUGUUUGGGAUGCAGAUGUAUGGAUUAAUUUAAUCAAAAAGGCAGUUGAAAGAACGACAAAGUGCGGGGUUGUGGUUACGACAAGAGACAGGAACACUGCUAUAAAAAUGAAGGCAAUUCAUAUCCACAAUGUCAACAAACUACCUUUGAAUUUUGGUUGGGAAUUACUAUGCAAGAAAGUUUUCACAAAUAAUGAUGAGGGCGAGAUUCAGAGAAUGAAGGAUAUAGGAAUGCAGAUUGUUGAGAAAUGCGAUGGCCUUCCGGUCGCAAUCAAAGCCAUUGCGGGUGUGCUUAUAACAACUGAGCAAAAUAAAAGAGAGUGGGAGAAUAUACUUAACAGUGAUGCUUGGACUAUUACAGGACUUCCAGAAGAGCUCCGAGGAGCGCUAUACUUAAGCUAUGAUGCCUUACCUUCAGCACUAAAACAUUGUUUCCUUUAUUGCUCUUUCAACCCUCCUGACCGUUCAUUGUUUUAUGAAGAUCUUGUCUGUGAGUGGAUUGCAGAAGGUUUCAUAGAAGCAAAUGGAGAUGCAUCAAUGGAGGAUGUUGCAAAAGGCUAUUACAUGGAACUGAUUAGAAGGAGUUUUUUACAACCUGAUCCUAAUUAUGCUAAUAUGUAUAAAUGUACAAUGCAUGAUUUGUUGCGAGCCCUUGCUAUAUUUUUAAUAGGUGGUGAAAAUCUUUCAGGAGAUCCUCAAGCAUCACAAAGCAAUGGUUCUAUGAUAAAAUUACGCCGUUUGACAAUUUCAAGUAACAGGGAGAGUGUGAGUAUUCCACGUCUUGAUUGCCUUAGAAAUCUACGGUUAUGGACCCCUCCAAGUUUGGACACGCAAAUAAUUGGAAGCUUUAAGCAAUUGCGAGUAUUGGUUCUCAAUGGAGUUGGAAUUAAGAAUAUCCCCAACAAUAUUGGGGAUUUAGUACACUUAAGGCUUCUUGAUCUGGAUGAUACAAGAAUAUGCAAACUACCGGAUUCUGUUGGAAGUCUCAUCAACUUGCAGUUCUUGUCACUUGCUGAUUGCGAGGCUUUGGAUAUCCUUCCGAGAAGCAUAACUAGUUUAUGCAAUUUAAGAAGACUCUAUCUUAACAACACUCCUGUGAAUUAUGUGCCAAAGGGAAUGGGUAAGUUAGAACAUCUUAAUCAUUUGGCAGGAUUUAUUGUUGAAGACGCUGAUGGUGACAAUGGAGAGGGAUGUAGUAUGGAAGAUCUACAAAUGCUUAAAAAUCUUCGUCACCUUCAAAUAGACAAGUUAGAGAAAGCAAGUAAAAGUACUGCUGUACUUUUAAACAAGUCUCACCUCAAAACUGUUGUGCUUUGUUGCACACCCAAUGUUGGUGGAUGUAAUCAACAAAAGAUGGACAGGAUUGUACAAGUCUUUGAUGAGCUAUGCCCACCAAAAUGCCUUGAUCGUCUACAAAUUCUUAACUAUUUUGGCGAGAAAUAUCCACAGUGGAUGUCAUCCAAUUCCAUCAGUACAGCUCUCUUAGAACUGACUUCAUUGCAGCUUAUUAAUUGCUAUAACUUUCCUCAGCUUCCCCAACUUGGACAACUGCCCCAACUCAAGUAUCUAAAGAUCCAGGGGGCAACUUCAGUUAUAUCAAUCGGCUGUGAAUUUCUCGGCAAUGGAAAACUUGCAGCCAGUGCCUUCCCUAAGCUUGAAUACUUAAUUCUCUGGAACAUGACUAAUUGGGAGCAAUGGUCACUGGUCAGCGGAGAGGAAGACAAGAAGAUUGACUCUAGCAAGCUAAUACACUUCCCCUGUCUCCAACUUAUUAGCAUUGAUGGCUGCCCAAAGCUGAAAGCUUUUCCAAGAGGCUUGAAUCAUGUGCCAAAAUUGUAUCUUGUAGGAGCUCACAGUCUUUCAAGGAUCUCUGAUCUACCUGCCUUGAGAGAAUUGAAAGUUAGAGAUUGCCCAAUGUUGGACUGUGUUGAAAAGCUUGAGUCUUUGCAGAGCUUGAAGAUAAGUGAACAUGUUGAUAAUCUCCCUAACUGGCUGAUCUCUUUUCUCCAGCAAUGUGAAAAGCAUCACGCCAAUCGAUUCCAUUUGCAUUUGACAUGCAGUGCCCAAGCAUUGAAGGGUUGUUUGAAAGGACAUACCUAUUGGUGUUUCCUCCAGCAAGUUCCACGCUUGGAAGCCUAUGCAGAGAAUGAAAGCAUGUAUUUAAAGUACACCAAGGAACCAUAUUCCUACCAAACCAACCUUGAUGAAGACACGAUUGAUGAGGACUAGGAUGAAAGCUUGAAGUUUAAUGUGAUGUAGGCGUCAUGAUUGGAGUGGUGGGUAAACAUAUUCAACAGUGUCAAAAGGCUCAUGAUAAUCAAGAGAACAACAGUUUCUUUGACUGGCUCAUCUCUUUUCUCCAACAACAUGAACAGCCUCAUGACAUUUACUUGCUCUUGCAUUCGGAAUGCAGUGCUCAAGCACUUUAGAGUGGAGGGAUGUUUGAAAGGGGGCGCUCACACUAGUUGUUCCUUGAGCAAGUUCCCUCGUUGUAGCCUACACAGAGGACAAAAGCAUGUAUUAAUUUGAAGCGCAUCAAAGAUCCAUAUUUUUAUGAAGGCAAUCUUUUCUUGAAGACAUGACUGGCUGUGGAGAUUAAGAGGAUGAAAUCUUUUAUUUGAAUUCGACUUAGAGGGCCCAAUUUUAUGCCCAAAGGUUCUUUCAAUCAUUAAUAUACGAAUCAGAAAGUAUAGUGGAGCAUGAUGGGAGAUCUUUCUCUUGAUGUAUGCUACUCCGACAAAGAUUUGGGAGGGAUUUUUGGGUUUUUGCAAGUAAUGUGACUACAUUACCUGUAAGCUAAAUUUGGGUGGUGGGAUGUUGUGAAUGUUUGCACAUCCGUCCUAUGACCAUAACUAAACUAUGCAAGGCUCCUUCUGGAAGACACUCCUUUGAACUGCAUUAUUAAAGGAAUAGGUAAGUUGGUACAUCUCAAUAAUCUAACUGCAUUAAGAUGUUAUUAACAAAGAUACACAGGGAGGAGAGGGAUGCGACUUGGAAGAGUUACUAACACUUAAAAAAGCUUCCAUAGCUUCAAAAUCGACAAGCUGGAGAAAGCCAACAAAGUUGCAUCAGUAUUUUCUAUGCCCAACUAUAAAGGAUAUAGUCAACAACCAGGGAUGAACAAGCGUGCAGAAGUUUUUGAUGUGUAUCCCUUCUCUUCUUCACCUGAAUAUUUUGCAUCUUGCUAAUUGCAAGUUCCUGCUUUUGGCGCCUCCAGCUUGGCUAACUGGGAAGAAUAUAUGGUCCUUAAAUGCCUAUUAUUGUGAAACAUGCCUAACUAGGAAGAAUGAUCAUUAAAUGGAGAAGACAAUGAGAAGUCUAGAAAGCUAUUGUGGCUCUUCCCCAAUCUCAAGAAAAUUGUCAUUCUUAUUUGCCACAAGCUGCCUCUUCCAGGAGGCUUAAGCAAUAUGAACAUUGAAGAUUUUGGAAAUUGGUGGUGUUCAAAAUGUUUCAAUGAUAUUUGAUCUCCCUACCUUGAGAUUUUCUGGAUGUUGUGGAUUGCCCAAUGCUGGAGUGCAUCUAGAAGCUCGAGUCUCUUCAGAAGUUGAGCUGAUAUAUUGAUCAUUGAGAGAAGAACAUUAGUCUCUCUGUGUGGCUCAUCACUUUCUUCCAACACCAUGAGAAGCCGCAAGACAGUUACUCUCAUUUUAAUUUCAAGUGCUUUUCACAAACACUGAAGGGAUGUUUCAAAAGGAACUCGUGUUGGUCAUUCCUUGAACAAAUGCGCUGUUUCAAAGGGACAGAAACAUUUGCUUGAAAUGCACAAAGGAACCAUUUUCUCAUGAAAGCAACCUUGUGGAAGACAUGACUGGGUUUGCAUUACUCAUGAUAUAUCUCGAUUCUUCUUGUUUUUUUUUUUUUGCCUUCUCAUUCUUCUUCUUCUAGAUAUAUAUUGAAAGUGCCUGUAUGACUGGUAAUAUGACUUAUUGCAUCUUUAAUCUUCCAUGUAUACAAUCUGUUGUGAAUUAUUUAUAUAUCUAUCUACCUACUUCAUGAUUUGGAACAAAACUUGUCACCAGCAAUUUCUGUCUUUAGAAUUAUGAUGCAUUUGUUUUCACUGUAUUAAUUUUUACAGGUGGAAUGGUGGGUAAACAUAUUCUCCAAUAGAGUGAAAAGCCUCAUGACAAUCGCUUCUUUUUGCAUUUGGAGUGCAGUCUCAAGUAGAGGGGGGAUGCUUGAAAGGGCAUUCACACUGGUUGUAACUUGUUCCUCCAGUAAGUAGCCUGCCUUGUAGCCGAUACAGAGGACAGAAGCAUGUACUUAAAGCACAUAAAAGAACAAUAUUCCUCUGAAACCAAUGUUUUCUUGAAGAUAUGAACGGAGGAAUGGUUGAUAAACAUGUCUUUAAUGGCAAAUAUGUGACUUUAUUAUGACUCGACUUUCAGCUUGAGGUGAUGGUUAUUAUGGAGUAGUUCAUGUCCAUUGGAGCGAGGCAUGGCUUUGGUUUUUUAAGUUUUCUGUGAGUUAUGCUGAAAUUCUCCCUAUUUCUGGAAAUGAGUUGAUUUUCUUCUUUGCUUAUUUUUCUGAACAAUUAAUGUGUAGGAGCUUUUUUCCCCUAGGAAUUAAUAAUGUCAGAAAAUAGGGUGGAUCAUGCUACAUGAGGAGCUAUCUUUCUUUGUAUACGAAUCAAGUCUUUGAUGAAACUUAGUGUGGGAGUGCUGUUCUCUUUUCUACAGUAAUGUCAGAGCUAUCUCUGUCUUCUUUUCUCUGUCCAUGUGGCACAGAAACAUAGGAGGAUGAAAUCUUGAAUUACAAUUAGAGACCAAAGAAAAGAAUUGUGGACAUGUAUGACUUGAUGUAUGCGACUCACUGCAUCUGUAAUCUUUCAAUUAUUUAGUCUGUUUGAAUUAUUUGUUAGCUCAUUAACAAAGAAGGCAACACAUAUAUUGAGGAUUGAGAUGUAAGACCAUUGAAACUUUAUUGAGUUUGAACUCAUCCUAGGCCUGUGAGCCAAAGCGAAGCUGCCAAUUUUCACAACCAAACUCUAAUAAGCAGAGGAUGUUUUGAUGUAUAAUAAUUUGAUUGCUCAAAUUACUUGGUUUCAACAUAUGAUGGGCAAGAGUUAUAGACCGAGGCAUGACAUGCUUCUAUAAUUGGGAGUGGGAUUUCCAAUACUGUGGAGCAUGCUAAGACUUUUGUCACUAAAUUCUGCUUGAACCUCUAAGGGGGAAAGUGUGUUUUGGCCGAUGAAUGGUCUAUGUGGAUAUGAUGGGCAAGAGAUGCCACAAUCCUUUGGCUACAAUUCAAUUUAAUGUAAGGGAUUUAUUCUCGAACUUUAUAUAUUCACAUCCUUCAAACUCCUUCAGAAUCAAUGAACUAAUGAACCAAUCUUGAAGCCUGGAUUCCGGCUCAACAGUGAAAGAUUCAUAUGCGAAGAGUUCAUAGAUGUGAGAACAUGAAAACUUGCUAGCACAUCAAAUUCUUAUUCAACUGAGGUUUGUUACUGAUUUUUACAGGUGGGCUGACAAAAGAAGAGUUUACAUACUUGUGUAUGACUUGAUGAAUGAACCGCAAAAUUGUUUGUUGUGACUUGAACAAAGGGAUUGAAAUGAAUGUUUUGAGUUCUUUCUCCUCUUUCUUGUUCUCUUUAAUUUUGUUUGUGACUUGAACUGAAACUCUUCUCAUACUUGUCAUAGCUUACUAGAAUUAACCAUUGUCCUCUGUUUUCGACCAUUAACAACAAAAAGAUGCAUCAAGAGCACUGCCAGUUCUUGAAUUGAUUUCCUUCUUUGCGUAUUUUUUUCUGAAUAAUUUGCAAAACUUUCUUUCAAUGAUUGAUACGCAUAUAAAAAAAUACAUCAGCGCAUGAUGAGAAUCUCUCUCUAUAUAUAUGCUACUCUUACAUUGCUGUAUUCUUUGCAAAAUAAUGUGUCUACAGAGCCUUUAUACUAUAUCUGAUAAUUUUGAUAUUUUGAUUCAUGUGUACUGAAAUAUCAGCCUAUAUUAAUAAUAAUAAAAAAACUGUCUAUUUGAUAUUCAACAGGGUUGUAGGAGGUGGUGAAUGUUUGCACAUCCUUCCCAGAAGUAUUACUUAUAAGCAAUGCAAAUUGAAGGGGGCUCCAUCUCAAAGACAUUCCUUUGAAUUACGUUCCCGAAAGAAUAGGUUGGAAUAUCUCAAUGACCUAACAGGAUUUAUGAUCUGAGAGGGGUGCAACUCAGAAGAGUUAGUUACCUACUGACACUUAAAGAGCUCACUUAACCUUCAAAUUGACGAGUUGGAGAAUGGCAACAAAAUUGUACCUGUGCUUUCAAUGGCUAAGUCUAAAGGACAUAGCCAACAACAAGAGCUGAACAAGCUUGCGGAAGUCUUUGAUGUGUUAUCCCCUCCAUCAGCCCCUGAGAACCUAAGGUUCCAUGUGUCUUCUUUGGUUGUAAGUAUCCAAUGUGGAUCUCUUCCGGUUCUCUUGUUCACCUGACUAUAUGUUGCAUCUUGUUGAGUACUGCAACUCCUGCAUUUUGCUUCCUCAGCUUGGCUCACUUCUCAACGGCAAUGGAGACACUUUGACUGCAUGCCUUUCCUAGGCUUAAUACCCAUAAAUUGUUGUAGAAUAUGCCUAACUGGGAAGAAUGGGCAUUGAAUGGAGAAGGACAACGAGGAAUCUACAAAGCUCAUCUUGUUGUUCUUCCCCAAUCUUAAGGAAAUUUUCAUUGACAUAUGCCACAAGCUGAAGCCUCUUAAUUCCAGGAGCUUUAAGUCAUAUCAACAUUGAAGAUUUUGGGAAUUUGUGGAGAUCAUUAUUGGGGCGUUUGGUUGGAUGUAGUUGAAAAUGCAGUGGAUUUGUAUUUACAAAUCCUUGUAUUUGAAAAUUCAGGAGAG